AUGAGCGCACAGCACACUCCCACCUCACCUUCCUCAUCUCCCUUCGAACCAGGCGUCUUCCUGCCCGGCGGGCACAACAAUGACCCCGCGCUCCCCGAACACAGCCCCACGGCCGGCUUCAAACUGAACCACUUCAUGCUCCGCAUCCGCGACCCGCAGCGCUCGCUCCACUUCUACAUUGACCUCAUGGGCAUGCGCACCGUCUUCACCAUGAACGCCGGGCCCUUCACCCUCUACUAUCUCGGCUACCCGUCCACCGCGGAAGACCGCGCCAACCUGCCCGCCUGGGCCGCCCGAGUCGCCAACCCGCACGUCCUGGCGCAGACGCCCGGCCUGCUGGAGAUGUACCACGUGCACGGGACGGAGAAGGCGGCCGCGGACGGCGGCCUCGAGAUGUCCACGGGCAACACGCCGCCGCACCUCGGCUUCGGACACCUGGGCUUCACGGUCCCGGAUGUCCCCGCCGCCGUGGAGCGCUUGCGGCGUGAGGGUGUGCCUAUCGUGAAGGAGCUCGGGGACAGCUCGCGGGAGAGCGUCCCGCUAAGCGACUGGGAGGCGGAGAGGGGAGUGGGGGUCGGCGACAUCCAUCCGGAAUAUAAACGGCUUUUUGACCAGAUUGCUUAUGUGGCUGAUCCGGAUGGAUAUCUUGUUGAGUUGAUCCCGCAGAACAUGCAGUGA